CAUGGCGGUCAUAUUAAAUGGACGAAAGAACAUCAAAUAUUGGCUAUAUUAUAAUAGCUAAAUCUCACUUUAGAUUUAAGAUCAUGUAGAGCUCUUUCUAAAUGUACAAGAUGUACACCGUACGAGCAAAGAGCACCUUUGUACUACGUUCUGCAAUGCACAGAACGAUCACAAGGACGAAUCUUAUGCAAUGCCAGCAUUCCAUUGUGAAGCGAUCAAAUAGGGGAAAAUCAACAAAUGGAUGUGAAAAAACUAUUUGUAGUCUUACUAUUGAGCGUUUCUUCAGUGGUUGGGUGGGAAAACGAGAAGAACUAAGUAAAAUCAGACGGUUUUCCCAGGUCCUCGUUAGGCAACCUCACGCAAAAUUCGCGAAUCUAAAAGUUAUACCUGGUGGUUUCUUAAGUCAAAUACUGGAGGAAAGUCGGAGUAAGCAAGGACGACUUGCUCUGUUUACAAACAUGGACAAUAAAUCAGAUUCCAAUAAAUCCCGACCUCCAGAAAAUCCUAACUCUGGUUUUACUGAUCCAAAUGGGGUGAACACUUUCCUGCUGUUGAGUUUUAUACUAGGAGCUUUGUAUCUUCUUGGUUCAAAUGGAGACCCUGUGCCAGAGAUCACAUGGAACACAUUCCAUCGGGAAAUGCUCAUGACAGGAGAGGUAGAGAAGUUAGAUAUUGGACACACUCGAGAUAUUGUGUAUGUUUAUUUGUACCGAGGGGCUAUUGUGGCGGGAAAAGAGGUGCGAUCAUUCGGUCCUCAUUACCGACUACAAGUUCUAAACGCGGAAAGUUUCGAAGAGAAAUUGAUUAAUGCAUACAAAGAUCUCGGGAUAUCCCCAGAUGAAUAUUUACCGAUCAAUUAUCGAGUGGAAAAUGAACUUGUUGGAGCAUUCGUCAGUGCCGCUAGCAGUCUCAUUAUAUUUGGUGCCCUGUGGUAUAUGUUUUUUUACCGUGGAAAAUCUGGUGGAGCAUCCAGGAGCAGCAAUCUUUUCGGCGAUAAUAAUCCCUUUAAAGAUCGCGGGAAAGCUAAGGCGACUAUUAUAGAAGCUGGUCGGAACAAUGACAUUAGACUGAAAGAUGUUGGAGGAAUGGGCGAAGCCAAGGAGGAAGUUCUUGAAUUUGUGGACUACUUGAAAUCACCAAACAGAUAUAAAGAAUUGGGAGCGAAAAUACCCAAGGGAGCUCUCUUGGUUGGACCUCCGGGUACUGGUAAAACAUUGUUAGCAAGGGCGAUUGCCACAGAAGCGAUGGUUCCAUUUCUCUCCAUGGCUGGUCCGGAAUUUGUCGAAAUGUUUUCUGGUGUCGGAUCUGCUCGUGUACGAGAUUUAUUUGAUCAAGCUAAGAAACGAGCGCCUUGCAUUGUAUAUAUUGAUGAACUGGAUUCCAUUGGAAGAUCAAGAAAAACAUCCGGUUUGACAGGCGGUGAAAACGAGCAGGAAAAUACAUUGAUACAAUUGUUAGUCGAAAUGGAUGGAAUGAAUUCCAUUGAUGGAGUCAUAAUGCUGGCUUCAACCAAUAGAGCCGACAUUUUGGAUAAGGCUUUACUCAGGCCAGGUAGGUUUGAUCGACUGAUAAACAUUGAUCUACCCACAUUGGCCGAACGAAAGGACAUCGUUAAGGUUCACUUGAGUAAACUGAAGCUUCAAAAAGAUAUAAAUGAAUAUGUUCAAAGAUUGGCAGAACUUACACCUGGAUAUUCUGGAGCUGACUUGGCCAAUAUUUGUAACGAGGCCGCACUCCAUGCGGCACGCCUGAACGAGACGACUGUGGAUACGAAGAAUUUUGAUUAUGCCGUGGAAAGAAUUAUAGCAGGUAUGGAAAAAAAGACCCAUGCAAUGUCUUCAGUUGAACGAGAAAUGUUGGCAUAUCACGAGGCGGGUCAUGUUAUUGUUGGUUGGAUGUUGCAACACGUCGACCCACUAUUAAAGGUUUCCAUUGUGCUCCGAACCAGUGCUGCCUUGGGCUAUUCUCAAUAUUUUCCAUCUGACCAGAAAUUGUAUACGACUGAACAGUUGCUCGAUCGCAUGUGCUUGGCUCUUGGUGGACGAGUGGCUGAGGGGAAAAUCUUCCAAAAAAUAACCACAGGGGCGGAGGAUGAUUUAAAAAAGGUGACGGACAUUGCAUACAAACAGAUUGCCUCAUACGGUAUGAACGCCAGGGUUGGAAAUAUUUCGCUGCCUCAAAAGAAAGCGAACGAGUUGGGCAAGAAACCUUACAGCGAUAAACUAAGUCGACUUAUUGAUGAGGAAGUUCGAUCGUUGAUCUCGAAAUGUUACAAACGAACGGAGUCCCUUAUUGAGAGACACACGGAGGAGCUUCAGAAGGUAGCCCAAGCGUUGCUAAAACACGAGGUCCUAAACUAUGAGGAUAUCGAAAAGAUUAUUGGUGAACGACCCUAUCCUGACUCUCGUAAACCAGAAACACUUUCUUAGCUCGAUGACCCGGACUUCACGACGCCAGAUACGCCAAUCCGCAUAGUCACGAUAUCAAAUUUAACUGCAUCACCUACGAGUUCUCUGUUGUUUCAUAAUUCGAUAAUUUUAAGGGCCAGACGUCGAAGCAGCAAAAUAUAAGAUAAAUUUAUGGUGUGUUGUAAAAAUUUAACAUUUAAGUUAAAAGCUACGAAUAAGAUUGUAAAGAUACAGUGUGUGAGAUUU